UAAUUAAAAUCAUAUAACCACACAUACGAGAACGUACUAAGAUGAAUAGACUUGAUGUUAUGCAUGCGGCCAAUAAGAAAAAAUCACGGGUCCGCAAUCGUCCUAGAAACAAAUGUAAUCGCGUUGAUGAAACGAAGGAUAAUGGUGACUCGCCCAAUCAAAGUGAUGCUGCUAUUUCCAGCUCCAGCAAUGUGGAGAAGGAGCCAUCCGCUCCCACUGGGAAAACUAAUGAUGCAAUUAGAUUAAUUCAGCAGUUGCUGCGCAAUAAAUUGCUAGCCAAGAGCAAGGAAGCAGGUAAAAAUAGUAGAAGAUCGCCCUCCGUACCAGUUGAGGUCCCUCCACCAGCCAUGCCCGUGAAGAAAACCGAUGAAAUGAGUGAGCUUUUAAAAUGCAUUGGCGGCAAGCUACAGAAAGGAGCCGUCGACACGUCCACAGCGACUGCCACGCUGUUUAGCAAUCUGGGCAGAUUAUUUAACCAGGAGCCAGUAAGCGAUAUUGAAUCCUCAGACGAUGAAGCCGAGUAUGUGGAAUACAUCUACAGACCAAGAUCCUAUUUCAUGGUAUCUCUGUGCAAUUUAUGCAAAGCUGAUCUUCGAGGACUGCAGCCACUCCCCUGCACUCGUUGUGGUCUCAGUUAUUACUGCAGUGCCGCCCACAUGCAGAAUGAUCAGUCCCAUCGUCAACUAUGCUACGGCCUGCGGCAAUUGGUGGAACAUAAUGGCCAUGACAUCUUCUACAAAUGUGGCGACUUUAACAACGAACAGUUUCGUUCAUACCGCAUUGUCUGUAUACGGCAAUUAGAAAAGAAUAUGAAUCGGCCUCUCACAGCUACCGAGCAGGAAGUGCUGCUCUUUCCUCGGAUCUGUAAUGAUAUUAAAUGCCGCGAGCAUCGCUUUAAGCGUCUCGAUGUGUGCCGGAAUUGUGGCGAAGUAUCAUUCUGCAAGGAUAAACCAAAUCAUCUAAGCUCGAACCAUGCCCUGUGGUGUGCCGCUUAUCAACUCUUCAAGGCAUUUGUUGUGUUCCAAGAUAAGUUUGGACGCCUGGAGCCAUCGUUGCCCAAUAGAGUGCUGAAGGAUCUACCCAUGGCUUGUUGUAAUACCAGACAAAUGAUGAAAAAAUUAAAUUUCAAUGUUACCGAUCAGUGCGAGUACGCUGCACUGACUCAAGUGUCGACCGGACCUUUGACGGCUUGGUACGCCCUGAAGCUCUGCGAACGUUUACGUAACUACGAGCAGUUAACCGUGCAUCUGAUAGGAGCAGAAAUCGAGUUUGAAGUUGAUGUUCUGCAGAAGUGGGAGCUCUUUUUGUUGCACUUAACACCAGCUGUGAAGACUUUGAAUGUGGUCUUUGUAGGACCCGAGCUAAAUCCGCGAAAUAUAUCCUUUGAGCAACUCAAAAAGAUGAAAUGCUGUCGCUUAUGCCGCAAAGCACAACGAACGGUGCAAUAUCAUUUUGAAAAUCACUUAUUUCACGACUAUUGUGCACAGCCGGAUUUUCUAAAACCUGAUAUAGUUUGCUUUUUCAACUCGGGUCUUCACCGCGCUACUGGCUACGCUCUUGAAGAUACUUGGCCUGACACAAUACGUGCGGCCUUGGACCUUAAAUGCCCCAUUGUGGUAACUUCCUAUACAAACUAUGAAGCUCCUCUGGACAUGAGUCGUUUUGUGAAUGAAUCAAAUCGCCAUUUCAAUAUUGUGCUGCCACCCACCACAAACCCAUUUGCAUCUGAAAAACCCGAACGUAAUUUCAUAUCGGACGAAGACACACCAUUUAUGUUUAAGAACUUCAAUUGCUUUGUUGUUGAAUAAAUUCAAUGCCUCAAUUCAAA